CCAAACAUUCAAAAACAAAAUAAACAGAAAUACAAAUUGACCCUUAACCAUAUCCAAGAGACUCUAACUUGUGCUUAUUUACUGUAUGUUUUCCACACUCCUCUAUUCCCUGACUCUUUCUUCCUCUCUACCGUUUGUCUUUCUCUCUCCUCAAUCUUCAAAUCACAAUCACAAUAAACAACAAUCACAAUCUCACCACUAACUCUUCUUCAUCAUCAAUUCAUUCAAUUCAGUCAAAGAGAUAAAAAGAAAAACAGAGAGAAAAAAUAAAACAGACUAAGUAAGCUAAAACUGUAGGAGAAACAAUGGCUUCUCUUCCAGUUAACAAGAUCAUACCUUCAACAUUACAGCAUUCUAGAAACAGGACCAUAAGAUGUCAGAAACAGCAUCAGCACCAGAAAAUGGUGCAGCCAGCUGGUGCUGUUUCGCCUGCGGCCAAAACAGCACCAGCUUCAUCUUCCUCCUCUGUUGACUCGGCUAGACUUGAGCCGAGAGUGGAAGAGAGAGAUGGGUUUUGGGUAUUGAAGGAGAAGUUUCGAGCUGGGAUUAAUCCAGCUGAGAAAGUUAAGAUUGAGAAAGACCCAAUGAAGUUGUUCAUUGAAAAUGGUAUUAGUGAACUUGCUUCUUUAUCUAUGGAACAAGUUGAUCAAUCUAAGGAUUCUAAAGAUGAUGUUGAUGUUAGACUUAAGUGGCUUGGUCUCUUUCACCGUCGCAAACAUCAUUAUGGGAGAUUUAUGAUGAGGCUAAAGCUGCCAAAUGGGGUAACAACAAGUGAGCAGACACGAUACUUAGCAAGUGUGAUCAAGAAGUAUGGGAAAGAUGGGUGCGCGGAUGUGACAACAAGACAGAAUUGGCAAAUCCGAGGAGUGGUUCUACCUGAUGUGCCAGAGAUCAUCAAGGGGCUGGAAUCUGUUGGCCUUACUAGCCUCCAGAGUGGGAUGGACAAUGUGCGAAACCCUGUGGGCAAUCCUCUUGCAGGGAUUGACCCUCAUGAGAUUGUUGACACCCGCCCUUUUACCAACCUUAUUUCGCAAUUUGUCACUGACAAUUCGCGUGGAAACCUUGAUAUUACCAAUCUGCCAAGGAAGUGGAAUCCAUGUGUUAUUGGAUCUCAUGAUCUUUAUGAGCAUCCUCACAUAAAUGACCUUGCUUACAUGCCUGCGACAAAGAAUGGGAAACUCGGAUUCAAUUUGUUGGUUGGAGGAUUCUUUAGUAUCAAAAGAUGUGAAGAGGCGAUCCCUCUAGACGCUUGGGUCUCAGCAGAAGAUGUGGUCCCUGUGUGCAAAGCUAUGCUUGAAGCUUUCAGGGAUCUUGGGUUUAGAGGAAACAGGCAAAAGUGCAGAAUGAUGUGGCUUAUUGAUGAGCUUGGUAUGGAAGGAUUCAGGGCCGAGGUGGAGAAGAGAAUGCCGAACCAAGUCCUGGAAAGAGCAUCCGCAGAAGAACUAGUUCAAAAGCAAUGGGAGAGGAGAGAAUACUUAGGAGUUCACCCUCAGAAACAAGAAGGCCUUAGCUUUGUCGGCCUCCACAUUCCUGUGGGCCGUCUCCAAGCUGAUGACAUGGAAGAUUUAGCUCGUAUAGCUGAUGAGUAUGGAUCAGGUGAGCUCCGUCUGACAGUAGAGCAAAACAUUAUCAUCCCAAAUGUUGAAAAUUCCAAGGUAGAAGCACUACUAAACGAGCCUCUCUUAAAAGAGCGUUUCUCUCCUGAGCCACCCAUCUUGAUGAAGGGGCUUGUGGCCUGCACUGGCAGUCAAUUCUGCGGCCAAGCCAUCAUUGAGACCAAGGCUAGGGCACUCAAGGUGACAGAGGAGGUACAACGACUAGUAUCUGUGACACGGCCUGUUAGGAUGCAUUGGACAGGGUGUCCUAAUAGUUGUGGGCAGGUACAAGUGGCUGAUAUCGGGUUCAUGGGAUGCAUGACUAGAGAUGAGAACGGUAAGCCUUGUGAAGGGGCUGAUGUGUUUGUAGGAGGACGUAUUGGCAGUGACUCGCAUCUAGGCGAAGUGUACAAGAAAGCAGUUCCAUGUAAAGAUUUGGUGCCUAUUGUUGCAGAGCUUUUGAUCAACCAAUUUGGUGCCGUGCCCCGGGAAAGGGAAGAGGCAGAGUAGUAACCAAUUGUAAUCUGUUGUGGGUACUACUUGUACUAUUUGCUUUGUGUUCUUUUGCUUCAAAUUGCAUAAGAUCCCAUAUAUGUAAGCAUAACAAGAAGCUCUAGUUAUGUUGUUGGGAGCUGAAGUAAAUUAUUUUGAUUUAAUUAGGCAUCAUGAAAUGUCAAUAGCAAACCUACUUUUGCUUUUCUGCACUUUGUUUAGCACUUUCUAAAACUGUACCAUUGUACCUUGUACGGCUGUACCCUGUGAUGUAUUCUAGAAAAAGAAAGGGGAAAGGGGGGAAGUUUAGAACACCAUUGCUCUCUUACAGUGGAUAUUAUAAGUAUAUUUCCCAUUUA